CUCCUCCUCCUCCAAAUGCGCCUGGCGGAGAUGAUCAAGAAGAUGGGUCCCUCCGAGUCGGAGCUCAACAUCCCGGCCAAGAACUGCUACCGGAUGGUGAUCCUGGGCUCCUCCAAGGUGGGCAAGACGGCCAUCGUCUCCCGCUUCCUCACCGGCCGCUUCGAGGACCAAUACACGCCCACCAUCGAGGACUUCCACCGCAAGUUUUACAGCAUCCGAGGCGAGGUCUACCGGCUGGACAUCCUCGACACCUCGGGCAACCACCCUUUCCCAGCCAUGAGGCGCCUCUCCAUCCUCACCGGCGAUGUGUUCAUUCUGGUAUUUAGCCUUGACAACCGGGACUCCUUUGAGGAAGUCCAGCGCCUGAAGCAGCAGAUCUUGGAGACCAAGUCCUGCCUGAAAAACAAGACCAAGGAGAACACUGAUGUCCCUUUGGUCAUCUGUGGCAACAAGGGUGACCGCGACUUCUACCGCGAGGUGGAGCCCAGGGAGAUCGAGCAGCUGGUGGGGCCGGACCCCAAGAAGUGCGCCUACUUUGAGAUCUCUGCCAAGAAGAACAGCAGCCUGGACCAGAUGUUCCAAGCCCUCUUCGUCAUGGCCAAACUGCCCAGCGAAAUGAGCCCCGACCUCCACCGCAAGGUCUCCAUCCAGUACUGCGACCUCUUGCACAAAAAGACUCUGAAGAACAAGAAGCUGAUGAAGGAUGCCGACGGUGGCGGCGGAGAGGCGUAUGGCAUCGUGGCGCCCUUUGCCCGCCGGCCCAGCGUCCACAGUGACCUCAUGUACAUCCGAGAGAAGACCAUCCGAGGUGGUCAGGCCAAAGACAAAGAGCGCUGCGUGAUCAGCUAAAAGAUGGCCUUCUCACUUGCCCAGCCAAAGAUGGGGAAGAGGCGAUUGUUUCUACCAAAACUCUGCCUUUUGCGGUGGCACGGUGCCCACAUGCCCAAAGUGGCAUCGCUCAUGGCCUCCUAGUCAUUGGGGGAGACUUUUUUUUUACCAACCAAACUCCCCUUGGUUAUUUUAUACAUACUUGGAGGAGUGAGAUUGCCAUGGGGAGCUCCGUGGAGAAGAGCCAAAAAGGGAGGACUUUGGAGCGGAGAAGGGACAGUUUUAGAAAACGAACUUUGUGACGGAGAGGUAUCUCCGGCCAGUCUUUCGCCAUUGUGCGUUGUCUUAAAAUAAUUGUGUGUGUGUGGACAAGUGUUGGAUAGGGUUGCGGGUUGAAGAAAACAGCAUUCAACGAACUUUUCAGCUGUGCCUACUUGUGAUGUUUGUGCCUGUUGCAAUGUCGCAAACCAAGAAGAUAAACGGACAUUGGCUGCUGAUAAUGCGAGGAAACGAUCCUCCGCUUGACCCACUUCAGGGAACACAAGUGACUGGUGUAUGUUUAUGUGCACAUGUUGCACAUGUGUGUGUUUGGGGAAAAUGUUUUCCUGUUUACAUGAUCUCCUUCUGUGUCUUUUCUUGUAAAAAAGAAGAAGGGGAAAACAAUAUUGCAUUCAAGCAAACAGGCACUUUAUAUGUCAAACUACUCAGUCCAGAUAGACGAGAUGAACAAAGUCUUGGCUCAGUGUUUUACGACAUGUGACACACUGGUUCUGUCGUUUUGUUAUAUUUUUUAUAGAAAAUAAAACAUUGAAAAGAAA